CAGUUAUUCGUUACUGUUCUUGUGUUUGUGGGGAUGAUGUGUUCUAUUCAUGUUUUGUCAUUAUUUGUUUAAUUAAUCUGAGUUUUAGAUGUGAGUUGGAACUUGUUUUGGGGAAGAAGAUUAUUUUAACAAGCUGUGACUAUUCAUUAUUUUGACAGGACCACCGACAGGCAUGGAGGCCACUUGCAGAGGGAGAGCUGCUCUUGGAAACAAUUCUAUAAAUAGAUAUUUCAUCAAGAACAAGGUUAAGAUAGUUAUAUAGCAUCUUUUAAUUUCAACAAAUUUUUGGUUAGUAGAAAAAAAUUACAUAUUGAGCAGCCAACAGGGGAUGGUAGCGAGUGGCGAGGCUUAGGCACCAACUGAGCUGAACGACGCGUCAGUUGAUGCAGUUCUAAGGAAAAUCCUCAAAGAUUUUGGAGAAAGCAUGGAGUGCAAAGUAUGUCUAGACGCCUAUAAUGACUGCGAGAAAAGACCUCGCAAUCUGCCGUGUGGCCACAGCUUCUGCUCCUCUUGUAUUGAAGACCUCAUAAGGCAAGGAAUGCUCACUUGCCCAAAUUGUCGAGCCAGACACACCUGUUCGGAUGUCACAAACUUCCCAUUUGCUUAUGAGCUAGAAGAACUGAUAAACAAGAUGAGGAUGUCAACCCUCGGCGGCAGGUCCCGUCAAGAGGAGAGAAAGAUCAUCCUGAUUCAAGAGGAGCAAGAAGCUCUUUUGAAGAGUAGUAUAUCCAGCUGUAAGGAGAUGCUGCUUCAGCUCAAAAAGUACAAGAGUAGCUUAGGCGAAUGGGUGGUAGAACACCAGGACCUCGUUCUAGAGCUCACUGCAUUGGCAGAGGCUAACAGGAACAUCCAGCAGCUUUUGAAAAAAGAAGAAGAUUGUGCCUCUGUGUGUCUUGGGGAAGGAGAAGAUAAGAAGCAGAUGUUAUUGUUGGCAGAAGAGGCCUUAGCAGCAGCCAGAACGCCACAGGAGGUGGUAGCUGCCAUAGACGAUGGUGAGUGUUGUCGUGUAGCAGCAGAGGACUGGGCCAAGAAGUGCCAGGAGGUCUUCCCAAAUGUCACUGCUGUUUAUAGGUCUGUCAAGGUUCGAACAUCCACCAAGAAGGCCCUGAAGAUGAUCACACAAGAGACUGGAGAAGAUAUGAGCUCACCAGUUAUCGUUUCUGAUGAAGGAGGCGCUGUAUCCAUCCAUUUUGGAGGUCCUCCGGCUAUCACUUCCACAGGAGAGGCAGAGAGUGCUGCCGAGCCCUUGCCAAGCAUACUCCACAGGUUUCACAACCUUGUUGGAAUGGAACCUUUGACAGUAGAGAGCCUCCGUGAACUAGCUAUGCCUGUGCGGCAUUUGGUGGAAUGUGGGCAGGUGGUUGCCGUUCAGCACAGCCUUGGACACCCACGCUAUGCCAGGGUGUCUUUGCACAAUGACACACUCUGCCUUCACCACCUGCAGGACAACCCCCCUCCCACCAAUACCCACAUUGUUCCUUACAAUGAACUGUUGAAUCAUGUGGACAGUGCUUCCACUUUGGUCUUCCUGGAGAUGUCAUGGCCAGGGUCUACCCUGAGACGGCUCUACAUUCGGCUGAGCCCUGACACCCUUCGUGGAAAACAGUUCCGCCUGUUGUGCACGGGCGAGGAAGGGCCGUCCUACGCCAGUACCAGACUUCUGAAGGUCGUGAACAAGGGCAAACCAGGCGAAUGUGUGAGGGGAGGAGAUUACGACAACAACGAUGGGACUGGUGGGGCUGCCAUCAUUGUGGGAUUAACUCGUGGGGGGGAGUACAUGCGGUCCGACAAUGCAGGAGCCGUCUGGGGCCGGUGGGGUGAUGAGUGCCGUGGUGGCCAGUUCUACAUCACCACCAGAUCCCGGCCUGGGGCAGCCCUUCUGACAGUUUUUGGCCAGGUGGAGAGUGGGCUUGAAACUCUCAAGUCAGCCGUUAAUCUGCCAGACAUAGGACGCAUGGCUGUCAAUGAUUGCGGUCUGGUGGUGCCACACUGAGGAUAUUGCCUCAUUUCUUCACAGAGGAUGAAGUAGUUUUGUAAUGCCAUACUACAGUGGACAAAAUUAUGCCGUCUCAUAGGGAUGCCAUGCUGUCGGAAACAGUGAAGUAACAGUCGGGUGACUUUUUCUUACAGAGAUAUAUUAGAAGUAGAGGAGCUCAAAAAUACUGUUAAUAGAAUUAUGAAGUGCAAUUCACUAUUCUGAAUGACAUUACUCAUCAGGGAGUAUGAAUAACAUUUUCUAGUCAUAACUUCAAAUAGAUGUUAUUAUCAUAUAUUGAAAUAUAUUUGCAGAUGUAAAUAGAAAUAUUAUUUCUAAUCUUGUUUUUCUAGUCAUUUAUCUUUCUUAAUUAUUUUCUCACAUUUUUAAGUAUGUACUCUGUGAAGUAUUACAAUUUAACUCAA